AUAAAAAGAAAUAUAUAAAUUGUAUUUAAAAUUUCGGCGUAGAAGUGUAAUAAAAUUUCUGUUUUAGUAGUUAAACUUAGUUUUGUAACGCAUUGUAAAAUUAUAAUUUUGUUUAAAAGUAAUAAAGUAAUCCUUAAAAAUUAGCGAUCGCCAAGGGAGACUUAUCCCAUAUGAAGUGUUAGAAAUUGCGCAACACGAAUAAAGUUAAAAAUUAAUUGAAUGAAAUUUGGCAACAUCGUUAAAGGCCAGAGAGAUAUUCGCAUUGCUCUCUUUAGCUGACUAGGACUCUUCAAAGGAACUUUAGUCUUGCUGGUUUUUAUAUUGUUCGAAAUUAAUAUAGAGGGCAUUGAUUGUUUGUGUUUUGCUAAAAUUACAAAAUUUUCUAUUGCAUGUCUGUAGUUUUAAAGUGCAUAAUAAAAUUUAUAAUUAAAAAAGUAAACGAAAUUUGCAAAAAAUAAAAAUUAGAUUCGGUUUUGGAUUCGGUGUGCAUUACGCAGCUGCAAUAUGGACCUCUUGUGCACUGAAAAUAUUAUGAACGUAAAUGAAAAUGAAAUCGUUUGUAGUAAACAAAUGCAAGAACAAGAAGAAUUGCAGCAGCGCAAAUUAGAAAGAGUGCUCCAAUAUCAACCCGCGAUCGCCCAACAAAUUUCUGCAGUGUAUGUGAAUCCCUCGCCAACACAAUUGGGUGCAAAUUUGACUACAAAUAUCCCAUUAGAAUACGGUUAUACGUCUGUUUGUGAAACCACAAAAUGUGUUGAAUGCUGUCAAUCGCAAUCAGCAAAAUGCAUUGGGAACCAUGCAUCUGCCACAGCUGCUGUUGCAUGCGUUACAGAUGUAUGUACGGUUUCCGAUACUACAGCAACAGUUCAAACCGAUCAGGUGACUACUAAUAGUUAUCAGGAGGAGGUUUAUUCAACCAAUUUAAUAAACCGCACAAUAGACUAUGUUAACACUGCCACAGAGGAUCCUACAUUCCUCACAGAUCGCUGUCUCGAAAAUGCACUCAAAGCAGAGGAAAAGCGUCCACAGUCUGUUUGCACUUAUUUCGUGACUGUGCAGCAAGACAUAACGCCACCCAUGCGCAAAAUAGUCGCAGAGUGGAUGAUGGAGGUCUGUGCUGAAGAAAAAUGUCAAGAGGAGGUGGUACUACUAGCUCUUAAUUAUAUGGAUCGUUUUUUAUCAACGAAGUCAGUACGUAAAACACAUUUACAAAUUUUGGCUGCAGCGUGUCUUCUGCUGGCCUCAAAAUUACGAGAACCCAGCUGCAGAGCGCUCUCGGCCGAUCUUUUGGUUUUUUACACAGAUAAUAGCAUUUACAAGGGGGACUUAAUUAAAUGGGAACUUUUUGUCUUGAGCCGAUUAGGCUGGGAUUUGUCGUCAGUGACGCCAUUAGACUUUUUGGAAUUAUUGUUAAUACGCCUGCCCAUUCGUAAUACUGAAUUUCCAGACAUAGAUGUGGAUAAAGUGAGACAGCAUGCCCAAGCAUUUAUAUCACUAGCUGCCAAAGAGCAUUACUUUUCAAAGUAUUCUGCCAGUACCAUAGCCGCGUCAAGUAUUGCUGCUGCUCUAAGCGGCUUGAAUUGGCAUGGGCGCUCUGGUCACAAUUUACGUCAUUUGUUAAAUCUUCUAACAGAUUUAACCAGUAUCGCACAGGAAUGUUUACUUGAUUGCAUGGUUAAAAUGGAAGCAAUAUUUGAAGAGCACAGUCGAAAACUGCAGCCUUAUAUGGUGACGGUAGAAGCUCAACAACAUAGUCAUAAUAUUAAUGCUACUACAAAUGGAAAUUCAAGGCUACCUGAUUUAACACAAACGUGUAAAAUGCAGGCUAACGCUCAGAAGGAUAUGCAGGAUAUAAAAUUCUAAGCAAUCCUUGCUAAUCAAACAAAACUUGUUAUAUAUUCGAAAUUUUUUAAUAAUAUUUAAAUGAAUUCUAUUAAACAAAUAUGAAAAAUAUAAAUAAUUAGAAAGAAAUGAAUUUAUCAGAUGGGAAUAAUAAAUCAAUAACUAAGGGACGAAAGAUGGAAAAUCUGAAAAGAAAAAACUUUAAUUUUGG